AUGAAGCCGCCGAGUUCAUUCAAGGUCUUUUCGGAAUUACAAAACUCUGAAGCUCUUUCGGACAAGAACAAAACAAAUACUACUGGUGAUCGUGAGCACCCACAAUCGGAAUCAACUUCUCAUACAACAUCACAACUAUUAUCCAUUUUAAAAUUAAUUUAUCAUUUCAUUACCAAAUAUUUUCCAAAAUUAAUCACACUCGUGUUUGGAUUGGUAUUUAUCAAAUUGUACAUUUCCAAACUAUUUCCAUCCUUUCAGGUAUGGCGGAAUUUUAGUAAUAAUUUUUCAUCAGAAAAUUCCUCUCCUCACCAUCAUGGUGGAAUGAUUUCACACACGUCACAAAAUCCCUACUACAAUUUCAUUCCAUCAAACUCCAAUGACAUUGCUCAUGAAGUGAAAAUGGAAUUAUAUGGACAUUAUGUGAAUCCAAUUACUGGUUUACCUUCAUUUCCAGACUAUAUUACACAAGAUGAAAUGCAAUUAGAAGAAUUACGAAGAAUGGAUGGAACCAAUGAUUGGAUGAAUACAAGUCAUGUCAGGACAAGAUCUUCAAGAAGAUAG